AGAACGAAGAACAGAAGUAAGGAAGAAGUGUGGUUAUUUAGUUAAACGCAAAUAUUUUCACUUAAAUAAAAAAACAUAAACCAUAUUUUAAGUUCGCGCCUAGAAAAGAAUGUAAGAUAAUAUUCAAAGAAAAUACCACGAAUAAAGAGUAUACAAAAAACGGCAAAAUAAAGGAGGAUAGAAGCAGUUCAGCGUAACAAAAAGGGCGCCCCAAUUUCACCGACAUCAGGCUGAGUUAUUGGCUUCCUUAACGUCUAGAGUCUUCAGCGAGAUUUCAACUGCAACAACAUUGGAAAAAAGGAGUUAGCGAGAAAGCGGAAGUAUUACUGCUAUACAAAAUUAGUUGUAUCGGUUAUCUGAUAUUACCAGCAGUAAAUACGAAACGAGCUUGCAGCAGCAAUAUCAUCAAUAGUGGCAACAGCAGCAGUGAUUGCAAUCAGGUCUUGAUAGUACGCGGUGGCUAGCGCGGAAGUACUGAAACAUUGGAGACGCUUAUCAUCAGGCGGUUAUUAUGAAAGGAAACUUAUACAAAAUGUCUCGUAAUAAGGAGAAAUACGAGAGUGCAAACAGACGACAACAGAUUUUUAUGUCAGCUGAAGAUGUGGCUGCUGGUAAAAAAUCCUCAUGGACUGGCAUUGAGAUAACAGCAAAAAGCUGUGUACGCAAUAUUAGUCCCUCAUUGUGGGAAUUUGAACAUUUAACAGCAUUGUAUCUCAAUGACAACCAGCUGUUACGUUUGCCCGGCGACAUUGGUUUGCUAAGCAAUUUGCGCACACUGGAUCUAUCAAGCAAUAAGUUGCGCAGUUUGCCUGCAGAAUUGGGCGAGUUAAUACAAUUGAGAGAACUUCUGUUGAACAACAAUUACUUGCGAGUUCUCCCCUAUGAAAUUGGAAAACUCUUUCAUUUGCACGUCCUGGGAUUAAUGGGAAAUCCAUUACAAAAAGAGUUUCUAUCCAUCUAUAACGAACCAAAUGGCACUCAAAAACUGCUAACAUAUAUGUUGGACAAUUUAUCAGUUUCAGUAACCCCUCCGCCCCAACGUCCAUGGAUACCAUUAGCCAAACCGAACAAAUCGAGGCCAGCAUGCAUCUUUACAGUUAUGUGUUAUAAUGUUUUAUGCGACAAAUAUGCUACACGACAGAUGUACGGAUACUGUCCAUCAUGGGCCCUGAGUUGGGAGUACAGAAAAAAGGCGAUACUUGACGAAAUCCGUCAUUAUUCGGCGGAUAUAAUUAGUCUGCAAGAAAUCGAAACAGAGCAGUUUUAUAAUUUCUUUCUGCCCGAGCUAAAGGCCGAUGGUUAUGAGGGUAUUUUCUCGCCUAAAUCCCGUGCCAAGACUAUGUCGGAGAUGGAACGUAAAUUUGUGGACGGCUGCGCUAUUUUCUUUAGAGCUGCAAAAUUCACAUUGAUUAAGGAACAUUUGAUCGAAUUCAAUCAAUUGGCAAUGGCUAACGCUGAGGGCUCGGACAAUAUGUUAAACCGUGUAAUGCCAAAAGACAAUAUCGGUUUGGCAGCAUUGCUAAAAGUCAAGGAGAAUGCCUGGGAUCCGAUGACCGAGGUGACACAAAUUUCCCAGCCCUUACUUGUUUGCACUGCACACAUUCAUUGGGAUCCCGAAUUCUGCGAUGUCAAACUCAUCCAAACGAUGAUGCUGAGCAAUGAGCUUAAGACUAUAAUCGACGAGGCGAGCCACAGCUUUAGGCCCGGUCAUAAGAAUGACUCUAAUAGCGUACAACUAUUGUUGUGCGGUGAUUUUAAUUCCUUACCCGAUUCCGGUGUUAUCGAAUUUCUCGGCAAGGGACGUGUAGCAAUGGACCAUCAGGAUUUCAAGGACAUGGGCUAUAAAUUAUGCCUGCAACGCUUACUCUCGAAUGACACCAGCGAGUUUACGCAUUCCUUCAAGUUGGCCUCCGCCUACAGUGAAGACAUAAUGCCGCACACAAACUACACGUUCGACUUUAAGGGCAUCAUUGAUUAUAUAUUCUAUACGAAAACAGGUAUGGUGCCGCUCGGUUUGUUGGGUCCCAUUUCGAAUGAAUGGUUGCGCGAGAAUAAAGUUGUUGGCUGUCCGCAUCCACAUAUACCCUCGGAUCAUUUUCCACUGUUGGUCGAAUUGGAACUGAUGCAUACAGCGGGACAACAAGCCCCGCCUAAUGGACUGAUUAAUCGACGGUAGCAAUAAAAAGUUCAUAGCCAAAUCAGACAACAACAAACAUAACUGUAAUGUAGCUGUUGUAGGAGUAGCAGGACAGUUUAGCGUCUGCUAAUCGCCGCAUAAAGACCACAAACAAACAAACAAAAUAUACAAACAAUACAACAUAAAUAAGUAGAUAAAAAUAACAACAACAAAAAACAUAAAGCCACAAAUCGUCAUACAUACACAUAAAUAGUGACCGAAAUGGCAGUAGUUCAUACACAUGCAUACUUUCACAUACAUACAUACAAAAUAAAUACACCACUCAUUCACCAUGUCAAAACAACAACAACAUUGUACUAAAUAUACAUCAUUAAGUUCAACAACAACAACCACUAAGAAAGUGUUAAAGGGCCAUUAACAACAAGGAGAAUAUCAACAUCAUAUAUGGACCAUAUACGUAUAAAACCACAAAAUACACACCAGCAAAAUUUGCAUACAUUUUAAGUUUGUAAAGCUUUUAAAUAUGUAGUUCUAUAAUGUUCCUCACAUUUACCGCUACUCUUAUUAUCCCCAACGGAGUAUUGCUAUGUCUUUCCACAUCCUCCAACCACCGACUGAUAUAUAUCAUUUCGCAUCUUCCAUUUUCUCAAUUGCAGCAAUGCAUGUAAGUUCAAUAAAUGUAUGUAUGUGUGUGUUAUAGGCUCAGACUCAAAAUAAGCUGGCUAGAACUUUGGAUACUUCUCCGAUUGACGUUACUUUAUUUAGUAGUUCGACAAACUAAACGCAUUUUAUGACCAUUGGAUGUGCGCACUUCAUUAUAAUUCGUCAAUUAUUGUUUUCUUUCUGAUCUUUCUUACAAUUAUCAUCGUCGUUUAAUUGAGUAAAAAGUUUUCAGAUGAUUGCCAUAUUUCGAUAUAAUGGAAAUUUAAAGCGCAGUGAAUUUGUAAUUUUCGUUUUAAUGCAGUUUCCGAUUUAUUAUUAGUAUUAAUUUUUUAUUUCCUUGUUGAAUAAUUGAAAUCUCUUGUGUUACAAUACUUUUAAUUAAAUUUUAUCGGAUAUUUAAAGAAAAGAUCCUUCUUUUUGUAAUAUUUUGCUUUAAAGUGCUAUUUUAUAUAGCUAUGCUUUUCGUGGGUACAAUAAGCUUAUUAUUCCUCUCUCUUCCAGCUGUCUGCCAGGUUGAAAAAGUUUGGCUGUUUAUAACACACAUUUUGAACUUCAUACACUUUUCCUUUAUUAGUCCGUCCUACCAAUCUACCGUGAAAUUUUGAAAUUCGCUCUCAAAAAAAAAAAAAAUUAUUUAUAUACUCAAACGAAAUUGGUUUGGAACAUUAAUACAACAUGAUAUAUUUAAUUGAAUUCUAGGUAUGAGAGUUGAUUUUCAAAAUUUCACCUUGUAUGUUACAUUGUCCCCUCUCUGUUACUGCCUCACGGUUUUAAUUUAAAAAACUUGACUUAUGAUCGAUCCUCUUCAUCGUUUAUGCAAAAACAUAAUUUUUAAAUUAGCCUAAUUUUAAGCUUUGCAAUAGAAUUUCAUAAGUUUACUUACCAUUAAAGUUACUUUCUUUUUUUUUUUUUUUAGAAAUAUGUAUGUAUGUAAAAUUGCUUUAUUUUGUAAUAAGAAUUUACUGUAUAUCUUUACUUUUUAAUGUAACCUAAUUUAAGAGUAAAGGUCCCCAUUUGCUACGCAACACUAUUUAUGUAACACAGAGUAUCCCAACUAAUGUAAAAGCAAACACAUCGGUGAAAAGCGCAUGCAACGCCUCUCCAAAAGCUUCCUAGUUCAGUUUCUUCUUCGUAUGCUUGCAGUGGAAUUUUCAAUUUUUCCAUUUAGCAUUCUUUUGAUUGCGAAUCUGUAACUACAUAAUAAUAUUUUGAUUUCAAUUUAUUACCUAAAAAAAAAGAUGAAAGUCUUUUGUAAUAGUAAGCAACCCAACAACACGCAACAAUUCUAACAAAAACUUACAUAUGUAUGUACAUGCAAACGGUAAGGAAAAUAAUGAAAAUAAAAUAAACAACCAAUGAUACCAGAUUAAACACAAAAGGUAUUUUUGCAUUUGAAAAUUAAAAUUGUGAAUUAAUAAACCGCAAUAACACCAAUAAUAUAAAUCAACUUAUCGAGAAUGCUUGCAAAGCGUACAUAUGUACAUGCAUACGAGUAUACACAUAUGCAACAAUAAAAUAUUGGUUUUAUACACGGAAUGCAAAACACAUACAAAUAAAAGUGCUAAGAAAUUUUUAUGAAAAUAGAAAACAUGUAAAACAACUAAGAAACCAAUUAAAACAACAAAGAAGUAAUAUAACAAAACAUAUUCGCCGAAAAGUAUACAUACAUAAUGUAUUUUUAUAUAGACAAACAUGUAAUGUAACUGGUAUGAUGAACAUGAUUAUGAGUGGUUGAUUGAAAAUGAAAAACACAAAAAUUAAAAAUAAAUAAAUAAAUGCUAGAAAAAAAUAAUAAAAAUUUAACGAUUUAGUUGGACAAUUAAAUGUAAAGAAAUUAAUAAAUGCGCAUUUAUCAAAUAAGCUACAUCUAGACAACGUCAAUCAAAAGCAUUGUUUAACUCCCAUUAUUUACAUCAGUAUGAUACCACUGGUUAGCCCUAUUUAUAGCUUUUGCAUCUACUACAAGUAGGAACUCAGUAUUUCAUUGGAGCUCCGAUUUGAAUGUAUUCGAAAAUUGAAUAUUUUUUGCGGAACACAUAACACAAUUAAUUUAUUGUAUUAUGCCGUAUUUCGGAUAAAAAUUUAACACUAUAGACAAUUAAAAUUUCCUUAGGUUGUUUUAACUAAAGGUAAAGUAAAAUACCUUUUCAAUUGAAUUUCUUACGACUAUAGCAGCUUACCGCCGAGCGAAAAUUUUGCGUUAUUACCUUCGAUCGACAAGGUAUUUUCAAAUAUUUAAAAAAUAAUGUAAUAAUUGGCGCAUAUAUAAAUAAACAUCAAGAAAUCAGUACAAAAUUCAUAAAGCAAACAAUGAAAUUACAUCAAAAUAAAUUGAACUAAUUAUUGUUAUUUUAAUAGUGUAAAAUACUCACCAAAACGUCUACUGGAACAACAAUCCGCUAGAGGUGAUUCGAUUUUUAAAAAUUCAUUUAAAUAUAAACGCAAUGUUGUAAUUAAGCCUUCAAAAUAAUAAAAAUCGGUGAUUCCAAUCGAUUACACACGUUUUCUAUGUAUGGAUACAGUGAUAAUUUCGAAAAAUAAUUUUCAAAAGCUUGUAAGGACAGUUUAGUUUUUAAAUAUGGUAUUCAUUUUUAAAUAUCCAAAAAGGCAACCCAAAAAUUGAUAAGAGCAAAAUGUGUGAGAUUGAAUGUGUGUAAAUUAUAUAAAAGGGAACAGCCAGAGCGCAGGCGCAGUAAAGAACAGUUGGUGCAAUAGGGACUAAGCUUUUGCCAAAUAAUCUGCAAUCAGCUUAAAUUCUUUGUCAUAAAUCGUUAAAAAAAAUAACAAUUUCUCAUAUAAAAAACUUUAAAUAUGGUAAAUAUAUGUUCAUUAAAAUAUGGAAUAUCGAAUAUAUAUGUUCAUCAUAAUAUGAAUUAUGAAUUAAAUUAAUUGCACUCUUAAUUAUAUGUUAAUGCGACUCCUUAUUGCACAAACUGUUGACGACAUCCAUAUAUUUUACACACAGUCAGCUACGAAAUAUAUACAUGCAUAUGGAGUGCAGCUUUUCUUUAAAAUUUAAUUAAACUUAUUGCAUACACAUAAAUAUAUUCAUAAAGUUAAAACUGCGAGAACAUUAUCUCAUCGUAUCAAUUACUUAAUGCAUACAUACAUACAUAAAAGCAAAACAACGGAACUAAAAGGGAAAGCCAACAUAAUUUCAGUAAAAUUUUAUCAUUGUAGUGUAGCUUAAAAGUGGUUAUAGAAGAAGCAUAAAUAAAUGAUAACAAGAAAAUUAAUAUAAAUAAAAAAA